ACGACCCCGCUGAUUCCGACCGACAGAUAAGAAUGCUGCACUCCUCAAUAUCAACCAAAGCUCCGUAAGAUGUUUCGAAUCGGUGUCGACGUAGGCGGAACCAAUACUGACUCGGUUCUACUCGACGUACGACCAGAGCAUAUCAGCAAUACAAAAACAAGAGGUGUUAUCGCAUUCCACAAGCAUCCUACGACUAAUAAUGUCACCUACGGGAUCGAGCUUGUGGUGAAGAAAGUUUUAGAGGAGGCCGCUAAGAUAGUUGGACGGGAAACGAUUAAGAAAGGGAUACUGAGUUUGACGAUUGGAACUACGCAUUUUAUCAAUGCAGUCGUUCAAUCAGACACUUCGCGUCUUGCAAAGGUCGCUGUUUUACGGCUUGCAGCACCAUACACGCACGAAUGCCCUCCGUUUAUCGACUUUCCGCCGCAACUAGAGAAGAUCAUGAAUGGAUAUGCUGCUAUUAUAUCUGGCGGCUUACAAAUCGACGGUCGAACGAUCAACCCCAUUGUCGAGUUGGAACUCGUUGAGCAAGCGAAACAGAUUAAAGCUAGGUCUUUGAAAGAUGUGGUUGUGGCUGGCGUCUUUUCCCCGCUUGACGUUCUUGGCAGUCAAGAAUACGCUGCACGCGAUAUCCUGAAGCGCGAGCUCGGAGAAGACGUCAAUAUUGUUUGCUCGCGAGAUGUCGCCCAAAUCGGUCUUUUGGAACGUGAAAACGCAUCUAUCCUUAACGCCUCUAUAUCAACUUUUGCACAACAUACGAUCAAGGGCUUUCAAGACGCCAUGCAACGACUAGGGCUGACAUGUCCUCUCUAUAUCACCCAGAACGACGGAACCCUCACGACGGCUGCCUCCGCUGCACGGUUACCGAUAAGGACUUUCUCUUCUGGUGCAACGAAUUCCAUGCGAGGCGCCUCGUUUUUGGCCGGGGUCGGACUAGGUGAGGGCAAAGGAAAAGCGAUGUUGGUUGCAGACGUCGGUGGUACAAGCACCGAUGUCGGUGUCUUGCUACCUAGCGGCUUCCCCAGACAGGCUGCAGCUUUCAUUGAAGUUGGUGGUGUCCGAACAAACUUCGCAAUGCCAGACGUCAAUUCGAUUGGGCUCGGUGGUGGAUCACGGGUCCGUGUCUUCUCUGACAAAAUCACGGUAGGACCUGAUUCUGUCGGUCACCAUCUCACACGCGAGGCCCUGACCUUCGGCGGUUCAACUCUCACAGCAACAGAUAUUAUUGUUCGAUCAGGGACUGUACCUGGCUUUGGAGAUCCCGAGAAAGUCCAGGACAUUGAUAUGGACGUUGUCACAAAAUCAAAGUCAGCGAUGAAGAGGAUGCUUGAAAAUGUCGUCGAUAGAAUGAAGACCAGUCCUGAUGACUGUACUCUUCUUCUCGUCGGAGGAGGUUCUAUUCUUGCGCCGGAAAACAUCAAGGGCGUUGGCGAAAUCAUUACCCCACCUUUCCAUAGUGUGGCCAAUGCCGUCGGCGCUGCGAUUGCGAACGUCUCGGGCGAAGUCGAUACUAUCGAAGUUUUGCAAGGAAAAUCCUUGCCCGAUGUUUUGGAAAGGAUGAAAGCCGAGGCCAAAGUGAAAUGUGUCGAGGCAGGUGCUAAAGCGGAGACUGUGCAAGUGGUAGAAGUACAGGUGUUACCUGUGCAGUACGUCACCAAUCAAGCCACAAGGCUGAUUGUUAGAGCUGUUGGGGAACUCGGUGUGCCAGAGACAGUGCACGUCGAUCUGAAUGUGGACGAGAAGGGUUCGGCGAAUGAAGCUGAACAACAAGUUGAGAGCGAUACUGAGGAGAUAUCCGGUCCUUCAAAUACACCCUCAAAGGAGGAAGAGCGGAUCGACUACGAGACUUACAAGCCGAGGAUAGAAAGCGAUGUCUGGCAUUUGAGCGAGACAGACCUAUUCUUCAUCAUGGAGGGCUGUGGAAUCCUUGGCACCGGUGGUGGUGGUUCACCGUACCCAACCUAUCUCAUGUGUCGAGAAAUCCUCAGGCAAGGCGGCAGCAUCCGGAUUGUAGAUCACACUUCCCUUCCGGACGAUGCCAAGAUUGCUCGGGGAUGUGGUAUGGGGUCACCGUCGGUCGGUUCAGAGAGAAUACUGGGUGGAAGGCCUGUAGUAGAAGCUGGAAAAGAGUUGGCCAAGUACCUGGGUGUUCAGGAAUAUACUGCAACGAUUUGUGAUGAGAUUGGCGGUGCUAACGGAAUGAUGCCCCUGAUAACGUCCUUCUAUUACAAUGUACCAGUGCUCGACGGCGAUCUCAUGGGGAGAGCCUACCCACUCCUCAACCAAGUUCUACCUGCUGUUUAUGAUCGGCCAAAUGCGCUUGCGCCUUGUGGUCUAUGUGAUGGGGACGGUAAUGUUGUGCUUCUGACCAAAGCCAAAAAUGAAUUCUUGGUCGAGACACUUAUGCGAACGAUAACGACGGAAAUGGGAUCUUCCGCUGCUUUGGUUUGCCCACCUCUGGCACUACGAGACGCGAGGGAUUAUGGGGUCAUUCGGACACAGAGUCAGGCAUGGUGGCUAGGUCGAGCAGUGGCUAUUUGUCGGCAGAAGAACAAUCUGAAAAGUAUUCCCGACGAAAUCAUGAAGCUUCAGACAGGAUGUUGCUUGUUUGUUGGGAAGAUUGUCAAUGUUUCACGGGAAGUCCGAGCUGGAUUUACUUUCGGCGAGGUAACAAUCGCCAAUUUGAAGGACGACGAGUUAGAGGAUUCUUCAAACCAUUCUUUUGUUACUGGGGAUGUCGAUGAGCAUCUAGUCAUACCGUUCCAGAACGAGAAUCUCGCUGCAUAUCUCGUCAAGGCAGAUGGGUCAAGAAAGAUGGCCGCCGUUGUACCUGAUCUAAUUGCGGUGCUGGACUCACAGAGCGGGUCCCAUUUGGGUACACAGAUGUGUAAGUGCUGACUAUGAACUCCUACUUCUCGGAAGUUGUCCAUCCUUCAUUUGUAGAUACAUAUGGGCUUCGCGUUACGGUGAUCGCACUUGCUGGCUCACCGUUGUGGACGAGCGAAAAGGGCCUCAGAACCGGUGGGCCUUCUGCAUUCGGAUUGGAAGAUAGUUACGUCUCUGUUGGACAGUACCGGACACCUCCAUCCGUCAUUGAGACAUUCAAAACAUAAUAGACACGACGCGUCGAGCUUGGGUGUUGUUAAUCCAAGGUCUUUCAUGAUAAAUAGAUACGAUGAUCUGCACGACAGCAUGCUCGGCUUUGAACAUUAAUCAAGCACAACACUGUCUAUGUCUGUUAAACGGGCGCAUUCCUUGUACCUUUGUGUAUUCAAGUUGCAUGUAAUGUUCGAAAUUAUGACAUUCAUGACUGUAAUCAGAACCUGUCCAGUGUACUGUACCCGCCCCCAAUUACUGGAAGCGC